GAGUAAUGCUAGAGGGUUGAGAGACCAGACUACUGCGUAGCGCUAUUACAUCCACAUACAGCCAUUGCAGUACAUUCACUACCCAGACAAGACAGUGAAAAGUGUCAGCGUGUAGACAUUUCAAAGUGUGAGGAAAUCUAAGUGACAAUGGGGAAGGAUCCAACAAAACCAAGGGGCAAAAUGUCCUCUUAUGCAUACUUUGUCCAGACCUGCAGAGAGGAGCAUAAGAAGAAACACCCUGAGGCGACGGUCAACUUCUCUGAGUUUUCCAAAAAGUGCUCGGAGCGAUGGAAGACUAUGUCAGCCAAGGAAAAAGGCAAGUUUGAAGAUAUGGCUAAACUCGACAAGGCGCGUUACGAGAGGGAGAUGAAGAACUACAUUCCACCCAAAGGCGAGAAGAAGAAGAGGUUUAAGGACCCCAAUGCUCCCAAGAGACCCCCGUCUGCAUUCUUCGUUUUCUGUGCGGAGUUCCGACCUAAGGUGAAAGAAGAGACCCCGGGUCUGUCUAUCGGAGAUGUGGCCAAGAGACUUGGUGAGAUGUGGAACAAAAUAUCAGCAGAGGAGAAGCAGCCAUAUGAGAAGAAGGCAGCCAAGCUGAAGGAGAAGUACGAGAAGGACAUUGCUGCCUAUCGCUGUAAAGGUAAAGUGGUAGGUGGUGCAGCCAAAGCCCCUGCCAAGCCGGACAAGGUUAAUGAUGAUGAUGACGAAGAUGAUGAUGAGGAGGAUGAUGACGACGAAGAAGAUGAAGAGGAGGAUGAUGAGUAGAUACAUUACAUUUAGAGCUUAGCUUGUUGUCUAUAAAGCAUUUAACCCCCUGUACACUUUACUGAGGCCAUAAAAUGGGUAAAUGAAAUUUAAAAAAUUGAAAAGAAAAAAGGCUGUGUAUAUGAUAUGUUUUUAAGCUGUACAGUUUCUUUGUUUUUUUUUCUUUCCUUUUUUGUAUAGUUAACACUACAAAAGUGUCAUCUGUGUUUGUCCAAAUGCCCAAACCCUUAAUUUUGUUUUUAGUUUAAUUUCUUAAAAAUGGUUCCAACACCACUAUCCUUGCCUGGUACAAUAAAAAAAAAAGAAAAAAAAAAAGAAAAAAAA